AUUUCCCGCGCCGGCCUUUGCAUUAUCUUCGACCUCUUUUUCUCUUCUCCUCCAUCAGCCAUCGCCCACGUCUAUCCCAUCCGUCGGACUUUUAGUCUACCACCAAAUAUCCACUAAUUCACCAUGCCUCGCUCCAAGCGUGCCCGCAUCGUCCACGAGUCCAAGACGGCCAAAAAGUCCCACAAGGAACAGACCCGUCGCCUGUACGCCAACAUCCGGGAAGCCAUUGAGAAAUAUGACCAUUUGUUCGUCUUUGCCGUUGAUAACAUGCGCAACACCUAUCUGAAGGAUGUGCGCACUGAGUUCGCCGACAGCCGUCUCUUCUUCGGCAAAACCAAAGUCAUGGCCGUAGCCCUCGGCCACAACCCCGAAAACGAAGCCGCGCCGAACCUCCACGUCCUCAGCCCGUACCUGACCGGCGCCGUCGGACUCCUCUUCACGUCCCGCACCCCCGACUCCGUGACCGACUACUUCGAGUCAUUCCGGCCUCUGGACUUCGCUCGCGCCGGCACCGUGAGCACCCGUGCCUUCACCAUCCCCAACGGCCUGGUCUGCUCCCGGGGUGGGGAGAUCCCCGCUGCCGAGGACGAGCCCGUCAGCCACACGCUCGAGCCGGAGUUGCGGAAACUGGGCGUGCCGACGCGGUUGGUUAAGGGUAAGGUGAUGUUGGAGUUGACGGAGGGACAGGAGGGAUAUCCUGUUUGUCGGGAGGGGGAGGUGUUGGAUUCGAGACAGACGACGUUGUUGAAGAUGUUUGGGGUCGCGACGGCGGAGUUUCAUGUCGCUUUGAAGGCGUAUUGGACGAGGGAGUCCGGGGAGGUCAAGAUCCUUGAGAAGAAGGAGCAGAGUGGUAUGGAGGUUGAUGGGCAGUGAUGGGUUGGGUUCUCCCCCCAUUGCGUCGUCUCGUUGAAAAGUUUCGAUUCCUCUCUUUUUCUCUUUUUUCGUAUAAAGAGAAGGGAGGGGGCUGUUGGUAUUUUACACCCCUUUGAUGUGAUGAGAUCCCCUGGGCAUCUUUGGAGUUGGGCAUGGCGUUUUUGUUGUUGCUUCAUUCUUUCUGUUCUGUUCAUCUGAUUCGGUAUAUAUUCUGCUUGAUGAGCGUAUGACGGACAUACCGAUAUGAAUACCAAUCCGAAAAAGCUACAAUAGAAAUACAUCUCUUCCUAUGACUCCUUG